AUGGCGAACAACAACGACUCGCCAGAACCGGCCACCAGCAGCACGUUCAGUCUCACCAUCCCUCGGAUAAGUAUUCGCCGAACGUCCAGUGACACUCAGCUGGACAAGGUCCAGAUCAAGUCGGCCUCGGUCUACAACAUACACGGUUUGAGCGGCUCACAACACUCCCUCAGUGUACCACCGAUUCACAAGGAUGUCCCUGGUUAUCGCGGUAGUAACGAGUUCAUCCUAACGGACGACAAACAGUCAACGAUGGAUCAGAUCAAAUCCAUUGGACCUUGGUUCCGGCGCAAGUGCAAGAACGUCUGUCGCCGCAAGAUCCUCUACAAGCGUGUUCCGGUGCUAAACUGGCUGCCAAAGUACAGCACGGACGAUGCGGUCGGUGAUCUGGUGGCUGGCAUUACCGUGGGGCUCACCGUGAUCCCGCAAGCUCUCGCCUACAGUAGCAUUGCCGGUUUACCCGCAGCGUACGGUCUUUAUGGUUCUUUUGUGGGUUGUUUCGUCUAUAUCCUGCUCGGUUCGUGCAAGGACGUCCCUAUGGGACCAACGGCAAUUGCGUCACUCUUAACCUUCCAAGCCUGCGAUGGUGUCUGGCAGCGGGCCGUACUGCUGUGCUUCCUGACCGGUCUGAUCGAGCUGCUGAUGGGACUGUUCGGGCUUGGCUUUCUGAUUGACUUUGUGUCCGGACCGGUAAGCUCCGGGUUUACUUCUGCCGUCUCGCUGAUCAUCCUUAGCUCCCAGGUGAAGGAUCUGCUGGGUAUCGUCGCCAAAGGAAACACCUUCAUCGAGCAAUGGUCGUCCAUCAUCGAUGACAUACACAACACCCAGAUUGGUGACGCACUGAUGGGGUUCAUCUGUAUCGUGGUGCUGCUCCUGAUGCGGCUACUACCCCGCCUGAAGGUCGGACCGCCGGAUGCUUGUGAUCAGUCCGUCGUCCAGAGGAUCAUCAACAAAUCGCUGUGGCUUAUCGGCACGGCACGAAACGCCAUCAUUGUGGUCGUUUGUGGUGGUAUCGGGGCGAUAUUCUACGAGAACGGCAGCCAACCGUUCCGCAUGAUUGGCGAGGUACCUAGCGGACUACCGAGUGUGCAGGCACCACCAUUUUCCGUACCGGAAAUUAAGGAUGCCAAUGGAACGAUUGUACAAGAGUACGAGAGUUUCGGAGAUUUGCUGCAAGGCUUAGGAUCGAUGCUUAUCGUCAUCCCGUUGAUUGCGCUGCUUGAAAACAUUGCCAUCUGCAAGGCUUUCGCCGAUGGAAAGCCUGUAGAUGCCACGCAGGAGCUUAUCGCUAUCGGUGUGUCCAACAUUGCGAACUCCUUCGUCCAGGGAUACCCCGGCACGGGAGCACUUUCGCGUGGUGCCGUCAACAACGCUAGUGGAGUGCGCACUCCAUUCGGGGGGCUUUACACCGGGCUGCUAGUCAUCCUUGCGCUGCUCUUCUUCACACCGUACUUCUUCUACAUACCUCGGGCUGCACUGGCCGCAAUCAUCAUUGCAGCCGUCAUCUUCAUGAUUGAGGUGCGCGUCGUGAAACCGAUGUGGAGAAGCAAGAAAACUGAUCUUAUACCUGGCAUCGCAACCUUCGUCGCGUGUCUGGCUCUCCCGCUGGAGUACGGUAUUUUGGUCGGAAUCGGGCUGAACAUCCUGUUCAUUCUGUACCAUGCCGCUCGGCCGAAGAUUCACAUGGAUCAAGCCGUCACACCGUGCGGUGUGAAGUAUCUGAUGCUGACACCGGAUCGCUGCCUAAUCUUCCCCUCGGUGGACUACGUCCGCAACCUGAUCAACAAGCACGGUCUCAAGAGCCAGAUACCGGUCGUGAUCGACUGUACGCACAUUUACGGUGCCGACUUCACCGCCGCCCAGGUCAUCGAUACGCUCAUCAAAGACUUUAAGAGCCGAAACCAACUGUUGCUGUUCCUGAACCUGAAACCCUCGGUGGGCAAUGUGUUCGAGGGUGCCGAUCUCGAGUACCGCGUGUUCUACGACUUUGAGCAGCUGGACAAAGCGAUCCAGGAGUGUCGUCGGAAGAGUAUCCCAGCUUAA